GGUUGUUCACUGAAUGGUAGCAACUGGCGUACUGACGCUUGUGGGCAGUCGUGGCUUUGUAUCGAGAGGUAAACAAGGGUAGCGCGCGGUGUCGUGACUCACUUUGACCCAUACAAGUUCUAGCACGCGAGUCGUAUUCCAAACAAAGGUCGUAUACCAAGCAAAAUUUUUAAGUUGGACUUAUUCCAAAGUGGACGUAUACUGAGGUACAACUGUAAGUCAUUAAUGGUGAGUAGUUAGGGUUCUGCUUUACUAAGUACCUGGUGAGGUCUGAGAAGGCAGCUGACUGUAACUCCAUGGAAGUGCUCAGGAGCGGCUAUAAUGAUAGGGCAGGGUCAUUUAGGAAGUGCUCAGGAGCGGCUAUAAUGCUAGGGCAGGGUCAUUUAGUUCUAUUUCCUACUGUACAGGUUUGCCAAUCCUGCAGGGCAUGUCGGGCACUUACGGUAGAUGCCUUGUCCUGAAGGAGUGAUGUGCCCUUUUAAGCAUUAAUUUACUGGUAUAUGGUACUAACUCAGGGUUAGACAGUUUCAGUACUUUUUUUUUUUUUCUUUUCUUUUCUUCAGUGAGUCAUGAGUUUAGUUUAGAGCUGCUGUGGUUCUUUCACCUGCCCGCGCUGAUAUGCAUGAGGCCCAGGCAGGCCGUAACCAGGAUAGAGGAAAGCUACUCUUACUUCUGUGCCUCAUGUGGUUAAAACUAAUGUCCUAAAACUAAUGUUGCUUCAUGUGCUGUUAAAACUAAACUAUUAGGGCCGGUUUAUACUUAAUACUCUCAAUGCAUUCGCUUGCACAUUAGUGGCUUCCUCGCCUAUUUUCUACGCGUGGAAUUAACGCUACGCGUACACGAGAUGCAGUACCACCAAAAAUCUUGGGGGCAGUAUGGUCACCUUUGGUCACAGGACUGUGACUGUGGUUUUAUAUAUGGUGCAGUUAGUAUUAAAGUAGCAUCUGAUUUUUCUUUUCCUUUAAGAAUGAGUAGCCAGAAGGUACUGAAAACGCAAUACGAUCGUGUGGCUCUGUGUGCAGCGUCUUCAAAAUUUAAUGACGGUUUAAGUUUCUUCUGCUUCUGAAUUCAGUCUGAACUAAAAGCAGUGUCACAUGUACAAAGUACAAUGAAAUUUUCUUGAAUGCUUUUUCCACAGACUACAGAUAAUCAACAGGGCAAUCCAUCCUUACAGUACAAAAAAUACUUAGUUGGCCUGGGUCAUGUGUGAUAUAACGACAUUCAUUUUCAUUCAUUUAAAUUUUGUUUUUACUGUUUUACUGUUUUUUCAUAAAAAUUCACACAACAAAAAAGCAAAUAGCAUUUUUAUUCAUAUCAGCAGUUAUCUACGAUUACUUGUCGAAGUCUUGCCUAGAUAUUUAUUAAACACAAACCUGAAGCAUUCUGGAUAUUAAUUUAGUUAUAACAUUCUCAAUGGUAUAAUGUUUUGGAAACAUCACAUUAUCUAUUGUGUUAUUCAUUCCUGAUACAUGAAACACAUUUACACCAGGAUUGAAGUAGUACUGAAGCAAUAUCGUUACAUGUUGAUCAUUUUAUUCUUUUACUCUCUUUUUUGUUUGCGUUGUCCUUAAGGGUGGUGAGGCUUGAAAGUGGCAAAAAAAACAUGGAUGGAAUUAUUUAAGCGUGAGCGGCACCAGUGGAAAUGCAGAAUUAGGCACAACUCCACCACAUUCUGUGAAAUGGCUUCUCCGAAACCGCUGAGUACUGGAUAUGACCUUCAAAUCAGUCGUCACAUGGCGCUGAACAAGGAAGUGGUAAUCCAUUACUAUCAUUUACACAAAAAAUGUUGCACGAAAUGGAAUGUCAGAGGGAAAGAAAGAAUGGCAGAAGACAAUGAAGCAAAGGAACCAAAUACUUCUGACACAAGGCUGUGAAAUGGCACAGAACGCGCCCUGACUGAGCUUCACGCUGUCCUGUCAUGGAACAAGCGGUGCUGUAGAAGAAGGAAUUGGAGAUUGGUCUAUCCAGGAAGGUUACUGGAUGACAUCUCACAAACCUGCACCGCCGACAGUCUGCCAACGGAGGUCAGGGACGACUGUCGUGAAGGGAAGAUUAAAAAUCUACUGACGCAGGGGCAAGAGAGGGGUGACCCGUGUGAAUGGGAAGUGCUUCCUAAUUGGUCCCACCCUAAUCAUCCCCCCCAACCUCUGCCGCUGAGCUCGCGUUGCCAUGACGUCCACGUUGCAGACGCUGGCCUUCAAGCUGGCCCCCCCAGCACGGGACAGCAGCCCCGAGCGGUUCUAUAGCUGCGAGGAGCGGAUCGAGCGGCGGUACGAGAUCGUGCCUUCGGUCGUCUGCUCCAUGUGCUGCCUCUUCGGCAUGAUCUACUGCUUCUUUGGCUACCGCUGCUUCAAGGCGGUGAUGUUCCUCACGGGCCUGAUGUUCGGCUCCGUUGUCAUCUUCAUGCUGUGCUACAAGGAGCGUGUGCUGGACACGCAGCUGAACGCGGAGGCCAGCGCGGGCAUCGGCCUGGGCAUCGGCGUGCUCUGCGGCCUGGUCACCAUGCUGGUGCGCAGCGUCGGCCUCUUCAUGGUGGGGCUGCUGCUGGGGCUGCUGGUGGCGGUGGCCGCGCUGUUGACCAUGGAGGAGUUCUACCACCCGCGCACGGUCUGGGUGCCGCUGGGCAUGCUCCUGGGCUCCGGCAUGCUCUUCGCCGUGCUGGCGCUCCGCUGGGAACGCUGCUUCACCACCCUCUCCACCGCCGUCUUCGGGUCCGCUGUCAUCACCGUCACCGUCGACUACUUCGCCGAACUCUUCGCGCUGGUGCACCACGUCUACGAGCGGAUCAAGGUGGCCCCGGCCCAGCCUGUGUGCUGGUUCACCUGGGUCAUCCUGGGGGUGUGGCCCGUCCUCACGGUGCUGGGCAUCGUGAUCCAGUGGAAAGUCACUGGGGAGGGGUACUCUCACACAGAGGUGAUCAUCAGCCGGCAGCAGCGUCGAAUUCAGCUGAUGCGGAUACGUCAGAAGGAGGAGCGGAGGGAGAGGAGGAAGAGGAAGAAGAAGAAACAGCAGCAGCAGCAACAGCAGCAGCAGCAGCCGCAGCAGCAGGAACCGCAGCCCCAUGCCACGCACACACACUCGGCCAAGCCGCUGCCCACAGACCCCGCCUACCGCAGGAAGCCCAACCCCAUUCGCCGAUUCGACGGCGAUGUGCUGUCACCGAGUUACAUCCAGAGUUUUCAGGACAGGCAGGUGGACAGACGGAGAUACCCUCGUGGGCGGCUCACGGGGGGGCCUCACACUACCAUGGACCUGGACUAUGAUUAUGGCUCCACGGUGCCCCUGACUGCCUCCGGGGGCCCGGCAGUGAGAGUGUAGCCCUGCAGUGAGGGUGUAGGUAGCCCUGCAGGAGUGGGCCGGCGUCGUGGCCGCACUGAUAUUCUUCUGGCACCGCAUGAGAAGCGGAGGAAAGCCCCGCCCCUCUUUCCGGCCGUGCCCUGUUGGGUCUAAGGCCACGGUCAGAUCCUUUGCUAGCUGAAUGUCCAGAACAAAGCCUCCCCCGGACCCCGUCACCCCAAAGGCCCAUAUUUACUAGGCAUUUCCCAUGGUUUAGACACGGCAGAAUAAUGGCUCUGCAAUGCUAUAUGUAUGUGUCAUAUUUCAUAAAGGAAGUGAUUUUAUUACUAGCUGUCUGUAAGCAUGCAUAUGCAUUUGAAUGUAAAUGAUGUGGAAAUUGAUUAAAUACAUAUGUAACGGUAAAGGUAAUGCAAAUGAAACUGUUGGGUGCCAUGAAGAAAAAAAAUUGCCCACAUAUUGCCCAUAUCUGUAAACCAAGUAGUAACUGCCACUUUAACUGAGCUUGAAAUGUUAUUGGUCAGAAUGUUUUUAAAGUAAAAUUGCAAACUCAAUAUGUCUAUUACCUAUUGAAAUAAGCCGAUAGCUUAGUAAAUAUGGGCCCCAGCUGUAAAAGUCUGGAACCCUUGAUUCCCCUGGGCUCUGCAUGAGACAGCUCCCUGUUCCUUUAGUCCUCUGGGUACCUUAAUGUUCAGAGAGAACCUCAACCACGACCAAAAUGACAGCAUUCCGUCAUCUUCUUAACCUUGAAAGACGCUACAUUUUCUUACGAUUUUCACAUUUCAUUCCAGUUCCUCUUAAGGGAGGAAUUUUUGUAAUACUAACAUCUACCGAAGGUGAUGACUUCAGAUUACGAGAAGUCACUCUCCACCAAGCUCUGUAAUCUUUGUGAGCUGUGCCCAGGUCCUGUGUACACAGCAAAGAGUUGGUCAAUUUUUACACUAGAACUAUUAAAAGACACUUUGGGGAACAGUGUUGUGUUUCUGCCCCAGGCUCGGUAUAACACAGCGUUAACCUCUAUGACCUGCCGCUUUCAGCCAUUCUGCCCCCUUGUGACUGCCGUGUGCUUGCUGUCUCAAGCCUCUCCUCUCUGGCCUCAUGUAACUUGAGUCCGGUCCUUUUUUCCGGCCCUUGUCUCUGCCAACUGAUGGGAAAGAAAUUUUUUGCAAACCCCACUAUACCAGAAGCCAGCCAAAACUGAUCUCAGGAAUUCCUUCCCAAAGGCUUGUGGGGAAAGUCUGGAGUUCAGGAAAGGGCCUGUGUGUGUUUUUUUUUUUUGUUGUUGUUGUUGCUAAAAUAGGCACAGAAAGGUCUUGUUAAAGCGGCAGUCUGAUUAAGGCGGAAUCGUUUUGGCUGCAGUGGGCUCAGUGGUCCCCUGUACAACAGAACCCAGUAUAGUGAACUGGGGUAAUGACCACCAAGCACAUCGCACUGAAGGCUCUGUCUGUACUUGAGGCUUGGGAUUCCCUGGCUGCCUAACUGGCAAAAAGUCCACUAAAAGACACUUGAAAGUUAUGUGUAUAGGUGACAGUUUACACGUGUAUCUUUCUGUAUAUAAUAGACUGUUGAAGAGACACAUUGUGGCAAUGGGCGGAGAGGUAGGGAUUGAAACAUGGAGGCAGCCCCUCCCAGUUCUGUGGUUCCUUAUGAGACCUUCCAGGAAAAGUGCAUGACCAUGUUGUUCUAGUGUGAUCCUAUCUUUUUAUCUGGAAGGUUUGAGUGGCCGUCCCCGAUUUGUAAGGGACGAGCAGCAGUCCUCACUCGGGCUUUCAGUAUUUUGUAAAGCGCUAACCUUUAUUGUAUGUAUACAUUGUGCUGUACUCUUGAUGUCACUGUUACACUGAAAUUUCAUUUAGGGUUUUUUCCACUUUUGCAUUGAUUAAUGAGUAUGAAUGUAUGAGGUGUUAAUGCUUAUAGUUCUGUAGAUUUGGGUUCUUGUAAAAGUAUGAUCCUUAUUUAAAUUGAUUUUUGCUUCAUGUAUACCUCUCUGCUCUGAAAUAGUGCUGCUGAAACAGCUCAAUGAUUGGAACCAUGGAGGUCUGAACAUAUGAACAUGUUUUUUUAAAUUAUUUUAUUUAUUGCUGUUGUACUAAAAUGUGUCUUUGUAUGGAACCAAUAAAAAUGUGAUUUUACACCUUG